AUGCAAAUGCUCCGUCUUUCCCUGGAGAGAAAGUCGAUAAGAAUCCCGGACCCGCUGCUGCCGCGCAGAGACCGGUUCAGGAUGGAGAAGGUCGUCCUCAGGGCGCUGGUUUUCACGGCCGCGUGCUGCUCAGCUACGAAGCACGUCUUUGUCGCUGAAAGGGCCCCCUGGUCGGACGCGCAGAAGUACUGUAGGGCCCAGUACACAGACCUCUCCCCCCUCACCAACGCACUGGAGGAGGAGGUGUUCACGGACCUGAUGGGCCGGUACAAGUCCGGCUGGGUCGGUCUGUACUGGGACUCCAGCGACGAGCCGUGGUCCUGGUCGGGGGGCGUCACCGGCCUGGUGCGGGACUUCAGCGCCGGUCUCUACUGGGUCGGGGGGAGGUGGUUCUGGAGGAAAGCUCGUAUCUCCAGCAGCUUCUUCUGCCUGGACCUGGUGGUGGUGCCGGAGCAGAAGACCUGGGAGGAGGCUCUGUACCACUGCUUGGGGAGCGGCAAAAACCUCACCAGCCUGCUGUCCGAGAGCGAGAGCCUCCUGGCCCGGACCCAGAUCCAGGACAGCGGGGUCAGCGGGCCGGUCUGGACGGGAAUGCGGUACCUGGAGGACCGCUGGAUGUGGGUGAACGGGGACCCGGUGCAGUACGAGGCCUGGACCGGAGGCCAGGAGGACCCGUGUCCAUUACAGAGACGCUGCGGAGCUUUGACCCCCGAGGGAACGUGGGAGGACCGAGACUGUGGAGAGAAACUCAGCUUCGUCUGUGCCUGAGUGGACGACCCUCAAUUACCCCCACUUUCUCUCAGUUACCCCCACUUUCCCCCAGU